UAAUGAAUGGCAUGUGGGAGCCACGAACAGAGCUGCGGAGUCUGAUAAUCCUGCUGAGGUUUCUGAUUCGUCUUGUUGUGAUUCCAAUGUUUCUGAAUUGGUGAAGGAAGUUAAACCUCGUUAUCACAUUGCAGGUUCGAUGGGGGUGUUCUAUGCCCGUGAACCUUACUUGAACGUUGAUUCUAGUCAUGUAACUCGCUUUCUUGGCCUUGCUCAAGUUGGAAACAAAAACAAACAGAUCUCUCCAAAGUGGAGAGUGAGGGAAAAAAAAUGGAGAGACAUUGUGUGUUCAUUGCUACUUUCUUGCUGAUACUUCAUCUUGUUCAAGCUCAAGAUUCAACCGGGUUCAUCAAUGUGGGUUGCGGUUUACCCCCUCAUGAGUCUCCUUACAACGCACUCCCAACCGGUUUAUCAUAUACGUCAGAUAUCGGUUUAGUUAACACUGGUAAAACCGGUCGAAUCGCCAAGGAGUUUGAGCCCAACUACACUAAACCGUUAACGACACUGAGAUAUUUUCCAGAUGGAGUACGUAACUGCUACACUCUCAAUGUCACACGCGACACCAAGUACCUGAUCAUGGCCAAGUUCGUAUAUGGAAACUACGAUGGUCUUAAGACCGACCCAAACUUUGACCUUUACUUCGGUCCGAAUAUUUGGACAACCGUGUCUAAAAAUGAUACUAGAGAGGAGAUCAUCCAUGUGACGAAAUCUAAUUCUCUACAGGUAUGUCUUGUUAAGACAGGAACAAGUAUACCUUUCAUAAAUAUCUUGGAGCUACGACCAUUGCGGACUACUGCGUACGUUACUCAAAGCGGCUCGUUGAAGUACUUAUUCAGGGUGUACCUUAGCAACUCCCGUCUUGGUAUACGGUAUCCAGAUGAUAUCUAUGAUAGAGCAUGGUUUCCAUACUUCGACGAGAAGUCAUGGACACAAGUAACAACGAAUCUAACAGUAAACAUUACCAAUAAUUAUGAGUUACCACAAGGGGUAGCAGCAACGGGCGCAACACCUCUAAACGAUGCCGAGACAUUGAACAUUACAUGGGACGUAGAGCCUCCUACUGCAAAGUUCUACACCUACUUGCACUUUGCAGAGCUUCAGACUCUACGAGCCAAUGAUACAAGGGAAUUCAACACGACUAUGAAUGGAAAAUAUUCAUAUGGACCUUAUACUCCUACACCAUUAAAAAUCGAAACAGUACUCGACGUAAAACCAGAGGAAUGUGAUGAAGGGGCAUGUCUUUUACAGCUUGUUAGGACAUCGAAAUCAACUCUUCCUCCUCUACUUAAUGCUAUUGAGGCUUUCACUGAGAUUAAUUUCCCGCAAAUGGAGACAGAUGGAGAUGAUGUUUACGGUAUCAAGAAUGUUCAAGAUAGUUAUGGACUGGAUAGAAUCAGUUGGCAAGGAGACCCAUGUGUGCCCAUACAGUUUUUGUGGGAUGGUCUAAAUUGCGAUAACUCGGAUAAUUCUACUCCACCAAUAAUAACUUCCUUAAACUUAUCUUCAAGUGGACUAAUUGGGACUAUCACACAAGCAAUUCAAAACCUUACUCACCUGGAAAAGUUGGACUUGUCAAAUAACAAUUUGACCGGGGAAAUACCUGAAUUUUUAGCUGACAUAAAAUCACUUUUGGUCAUAGACUUAAGUGGUAAUAAUAUCACUGGCUCAGUCCCUCCUUCAGUUCUUCAGAAGAAAGGAAUGAAGUUAAAUGUCGACAACAACCCUCAUCUGCUUUGCACAGGUGGUUCAUGUGUAAACAUUGGAGAGAAUAAACCUAAGAAAAAUAGUAUCAUUGUACCCGUGGCUGCAUCAAUUGCUGCACUAGCCGUUCUUAUUGGUGCAUUCAUCAUGUUCCUUGUUCUCAGAAAGAAAAAAGCGUCAAAACUUGAAGAUGGUAGAUCAUCUCAACAGGCAAUAAUGACAAAGAAUAGAAGAUUUACUUACUCAGAAGUUAUGACAAUGACAAAUAACUUCCAAAGAGUCCUCGGUAAAGGAGGGUUUGGAAUCGUUUAUCAUGGUGUUGUGAAUGGUACGGAACAAGUAGCUGUUAAGAUUCUUUCCCAUUCAUCAUCACAAGGAUACAAACAAUUCAAAGCUGAGGUAGAACUUCUUCUUAGAGUUCACCACAAGAAUUUGGUUGGUCUUGUUGGAUAUUGUGACGAAAAUGAUAAGUUGGCUCUCAUUUAUGAAUACAUGGCCAAUGGAGAUUUAAAAGAACAUAUGUCAGGAACACGUAACCGCUUUCUUUUAAAUUGGGGAACAAGACUAAAAAUAGUCAUCGACUCUGCACAAGGACUUGAGUAUUUGCAUAAUGGUUGUACACCACCAAUGGUUCAUAGAGACGUCAAAACUACAAACAUACUGUUGAAUGAACAUUUUGAGGCCAAACUUGCUGAUUUUGGGCUUUCAAGGUCAUUUCCAACUGAAGGUGGAACCCAUGUGUCAACAGUUGUUGCUGGAACUCCUGGAUAUCUAGAUCCCGAAUACUAUAGAACAAACUGGUUGACAGAGAAGAGUGAUGUUUAUAGUUUUGGAAUAGUAUUGUUGGAGAUCAUCACAAACCGACAUGUGAUCGAUCAAAGCCGUGAAAAGGCACAUAUUGCAGAAUGGGUGGGAUUAAUGCUUAUAAAAGGAGACAUAAUAAGCAUUAUGGAUCCAAGUCUAAAUGGAGAUUAUGAUUCUGGUUCUGUGUGGAAAGCUGUUGAACUAGCAAUGUCUUGUCUGAAUCCUUCUUCAACGAGAAGACCUACCAUGACUCAAGUUGUUAUUGGAUUAAAAGAGUGUCUUGCAUCUGAAAACUCAAGAGGAGGAGCGAGUAGGGACAUGGACUCAAAGAGUUCUAUAGAAGUGAGCAUGACCUUUGAUACUGAUGUGAACCCAACAGCUCGGUAGAUUACAUGAAGAAUUAUUAUAAGGUACCACAUGAGUUUCUCUUUGUGUAACUAUCUUCAGACUCUUAUGUUUCCUCAUGCACUCACAUUCUCUUAUUAUGAAAGUGUAAAUCAAUACUAUUUACCUAUUCAUCAAGAUUCCAGUUUAUGUA